UCUUUGGUUGAACUGCUCAUAACACCCAGAUCCAAAUUAAGGCUCUAACCUAUGAGGAGGGAUCACAAGUAUUAAGGGUAGUGCUUCAUUUUAAGGGACCACAGCAACUCAAAAUGUUUGGGAACCAUAGCUGCAGAGGACAUAGCCACUGUAAGGGGAUAUAUGGUAUUAUUUACUUCGGUUAUAUUGUAUUGCAUUAUUUUGUGCAAGUGGACACGUUAAUGUGGCCAUCACACGGAAUAGCUCAACCUCUGACAAAUACAUUUUAACUGUGUACAUGGUCCCUUGAGGAAAAGUAUAUGAUUUAAAAAAAAGUCACGAGUAAAUUCCUGUUUCUUGACAUGAGGUGCACUUGUUUUGGAAUUUGAUUCGUCAAGGAGGCUGUGCACGCCCCGCCUCCUGGUCGGCGGCCCCUCCUGAUUGGUCGCCGCGGUCGCCCGUCUCGGAGACACCAGGGGAGGCACGAGUUGGCCCGUAAGCCUGCGCUCGCAAGUCGUCACUGUCGGACACGUAGUGGGAACGAGCAGGUCCGAUGCACAAGUCACGGCGACGGUCGGCGAAGAUGAAGGCGGACUCCGACUGGCUUUGAUUUUUAAAAGCCCUUUUCAUUCAGGAGGUUGGUUGCCAGUGGUUAUCAAUAUGGCAGAGCCGUUAUCCCAAGCACCCACCGCUGCAAAAAUGGCGUCACUUAACCGGGUCCGAGCUUUGGCGAUGAUUUUCUUAACUGUCACUGGCUGUUGUGUCACCCCGACAAGUGGCAAGGACGGGUCCGAGGAGACCGUCAUCAUAGGGCUCCGACUGGAGGACACGGACGACAUUUCCUUCAUGGAUAAGGGCUACCUGCGGGUGAGCGAGCGGUCUCGGGUGAAAUUAAGAGUGUACGGGCAGAACAUCAACAACGAGACCUGGUCCAAAAUCGCUUUCACGGAACAUGAGCGGAGCCGAGCGGUAGGGAACCUUGACAGCUCCUCGGGGGAUAACCAGAGCCAAGAGGACUUGCCCGGCUUACAUCCCUGUGGUAUUAGGACUUCGGAUAUAAUUAUAUUGCCCAACAUCAUUCUGAAUCGAAAGACGUCCGGAAUAGUUGAAAUUGAGGUCAAACCUCUGCGAAAGACGGAGAAGAGUAAAGCGUAUUAAUGCAACCCGUGGACAGAGAACACCUGGAUCUACCACGAUGGGGAUGACACCAAAGUGAUAGUGGUGGAGGAGAAAAAGUUUCUGCUGCCUUUCUGGCUCCAGGUUAUCUUCAUCUCCAUGUUGCUUUGCCUGUCGGGUAUGUUUAGCGGGUUGAACCUGGGGCUCAUGGCUCUGGACCCCAUGGAGCUCCAGAUAGUCCAGAACUGCGGCACGGAAAGGGAGAAGAAUUACGCCAAAAAAAUAGAGCCUGUCAGGAGCCAGGGGAAUUACUUGCUCUGCUCGCUUCUGCUCGGGAAUGUGUUGGUGAACACCACGCUGACCAUCCUGCUGGAUGAUAUCGCCGGCUCGGGGCUGAUUGCGGUGGUGAUGUCCACCAUUGGAAUAGUCAUUUUUGGAGAAAUCGUGCCUCAGGCCAUCUGCUCCAGACACGGCCUCGCUGUCGGUGCCAACACUAUAUUCCUCACCAAGUUCUUCAUGCUGCUCACCUUCCCUGCUUCCUACCCGGUGAGCAAGCUUCUGGACUACCUGCUCGGACAGGAGAUUGGAACCGUGUACAACCGGGAGAAGCUUCUGGAGAUGCUGCGCGUCACGGACCCCUAUAACGACCUGGUGAAGGAGGAGCUGAACAUCAUCCAGGGCGCGCUGGAGCUCAGGACUAAGACCGUGGAAGACGUGAUGACUCCGCUGAGAGAUUGCUUCAUGAUCCCCGGGGAUGCGACCCUCGACUUUAACACCAUGUCCGAGAUUAUGAAGAGCGGCUACACGCGCAUCCCGGUGUUCGAGGGCGAGAGGUCGAACAUAGCGGAUCUGCUCCUCGUCAAGGACCUGGCCUUUGUGGACCCGGAUGAUUGCACCCCGCUAAAAACCAUCACAAAGUUUUACAGCCACCCGCUGCAUUUUGUGUUCAAUGACACCAAGCUGGAUGCAAUGUUGGAGGAGUUUAAAAAAGGAAAAUCCCACCUGGCCAUAGUUCAGAGAGUGAACAAUGAGGGUGAGGGAGACCCUUUCUACGAGGUUCUGGGUAUCGUCACCCUGGAGGAUGUUAUUGAAGAAAUCAUCAAGUCAGAGAUCCUGGAUGAGACUGAUUUGUACACUGACAACAAGACAAAGAAGAAAAUCACCCAUCGGGAAAGGAAGCAGGAUUUUUCAGCCUUCAAGCCUUCUGACAAUGAAAUGAAGGUUAAAAUAUCACCUCAGCUUCUGCUGGCUACCCUUCGUUUCCUAGCAACAGAGGUUGAGCCAUUCUCACCGGCGCAAAUGUCAGAAAAGAUUCUGCUGCGCUUGUUGAAGCACCCAAAUGUCAUUCAGGAGCUGAAAUAUGAUGAGAAGAACAAGCGGGCAGCAGAGCACUACCUCUACCACCGAAACAAGCCCGUGGAUUAUUUUGUCCUCAUACUGCAGGGGAAAGUGGAAGUGGAGGCAGGAAAAGAGGGGAUAAAGUUUGAAGCGGGACCAUUCUCCUUCUACGGGAUGAUGGCUCUGACGGCCUCGCCAGUUCCUCUGUCCUUGUCUCGCACGUUUGUGGUCAGUAGGGCUGAAUCACUAGCAGGAUCUCCAGAGAACAAAUCUCCUCCACGGCCAUUUGGACUCAACCACUCAGACUCUCUGAACAGAAGUGAUCGUAUAGAUGCCAUCACGCCGACGCUCGGCAGCAGCAACAACCAGCUCAACUCCUUCCUGCAAAUCUAUGUUCCUGACUACUCAGUCAGAGCACGCGCAGACCUGCAGUAUAUAAAGGUAACGCGCCAACAGUACCAGAAUGCCGUGAUGGCAUCGCGGAUGGACAAGACACCCCAGUCCACAGACAGUGAGUUCACUAAGAUCGAGCUCACACUGACAGAGCUCCAUGACGGAGUAGAGACCCCCACUGUUGUCACCACCACAGCCAGCACCACCAGCACCACCCCUGCAGUGGCCAUAGCUGUGGCCAACGAGACGUCCCACCUGCUCAACCAGCAGCAGAACUGUGUGGGCCUCAGCAGGAGCAACUACAGCACCCACAAUGAGGGACCCAUUUAGCCUCCGCUGAGCCCGGUGGAGACCCAGACCCUCCACCCUGUCUCAUAGACACACACAAAGCGGUGGCAUAGAUGGAGAUGAGGGAUUGUGGGAAGGCGGAGGCGGGUGGAGUGAAGGUUCUGCUCCAACCAGUAGCCCCAGGUCAGUCAGUGACACCCUUUCAUGGAGGGGCGGUGGCAAAGACGGGUGUUGCAUCACCCUGAAUGCCUCCACCUGAAUGCUGUCAGAUUCCCUGCUGUACUCUUACAGAGGGUGCACAUGGACAGUACCUGUGAAUGAGCUUCUUUUUUGGGACAAUCUGUUAUUUUCAUAGCAGUGUGACUUGGACUAGAGGACAACAGAGUUCAUGCAGACCCCGUCCCAUUAUGCUACACAUACACACCCAGCGUAACACAAUACUUGUACGUUCUCCUCAGGCCAAAGACGUUGGUCCCCCUUCUUACACUGGACACAGACUGUUUUUGCACACAUUUCACAUUCCCACACACACUCACAAAUGCAGCUCCCCCACCCGCGCAUCUUUCAGGGAGGCUUAGUCGACUGUUGAUCCCAUCAGCGAGGACUCAAACCCAGACAUGCAGAGAGCAACGAUUAGUCAAAGACUGCACCAAAAACCGCUUUGAAAGAAACCGUUGAACCAUGAACCAAGAAUGUUUUCCUGUAUUUAUUUAUUUUAUAAUAUUGUAUGUAUAUAUGUAUGCAUGGAGAUAUGAUAUGACAUAAAACUGGCAUACAAGCAUGCACAUGUACACAGAGGUGUGCGUGGACCACACUUGUCAUAUCAGAAGAGACAUGCUACAUAUAUGGAGAUGAACAUCCAUUCAUGUAUAUGAGGAGGUGAGGGUCUUUUACAGAUACAGUAUGUAUAUUACAGAUCUUAUUAUUUUUACUAUUAUCCUAAAUCAGGCUUAUGGUACACUAUCUUUUUCACCUUUACAACAAUCACACUAUUGCCUUUAAGAGAAAUCAUGAUUAAUUAUUUUAACAAAGUGCAAUGAACUACAGUUUAUUUAAGAGAUGAUUAUGAAUUUAAAAAAAUCACUGUAUUAUAAAUUGAAAGAUAUAUUUGUAUGUAUGUAUUGUAUGUAUAUGUAUAUUUGUUUUUGAAAAAAGCUAAACUGCAGCCACCCACAAGCAAAACUGUCAUUAGCCAGUGUCUUUCUCUUUGUCUUUGUCAUACGUUUGCAUCCUUUGACCUCAAACACAUCUAUUAUAUGUUCCAAUGGGAGCUAUGGUGCCUAGCCUUGUCACCACGGUGUGGUUUGGGGUGGGGGUGGUUACCUACCAGGUGGUAGUGUAGAAAGUGUAGACAUGGCACCUAUGCAUGUGGAGGUUAUGUCCUUUUUGCCAAUUUUAUGAAUAAUCAACUUGAUAAUUGCACAGUAUUAAUGACCUCAUCUAACAUAUUGAGCAUCAUCAAUGCCACAAAAAGCAGCCUCGACAUUAAAUGUGUCCAUGAAAUAUACACAGCUAUGCUUUUCCACUAUUUAUGUGUGUGAACAUGUUUUUUGUUUCUUUUUUCCUUCGUUUUUUUUUUUUUUUUUUUUUGCGGGGUGGGGGUGCUGGGGCAGUUGCACAUGUGUGCCUACAGAACAUAUCCUGGCAAUUCAGGUUAAAAAGGCUAUUUUCUGACAGCAGUGACUAUAGAAGAAACUAAACUUUACUUGUUUUGGCUUCUCGCACAAAGUAGCUUAUAACUUAUACUUAAAGUAAUAAUUCUUGAGUUAAUUCAGAUCAAAAAUAUAUUCUUCACAAAUGUUGGCUGCUAUUAGAGAUUUUUAUAUUGUUCUCCUUUUUCCUUAGAAACAAUGUAAGUAUAAAGAGUAUGUUUAUUUCACAAUUUCACGACCACACAAUCAAAGAAGAGUUUGAGCUUUUGGAAAAUACUAUAUAUUUAUUCACUUUCUUAUCUAGAGUUAGAGGAUACAGAAGAAGAUCAGGGCCACUGUAAAAAAAAAAAAGUAUAUGAGUACAACUUUCUUCUGCACAGUUCUGGCUUUAAGCUCUGAAUUUGGACUUUUUCUUCUUUUUCUAAGCUGACUUUUAAAAAAAGUCAGAAUUCUGAGUUUAAAGCCAGAAUACAGAGAACAAAGUCAUAACUCAAAUACAUUUUUUACAGUGACCCUAAUCUUCUUCCAUAAAACAAAAAGACUGAUACCACUCCCAUAUUUGACUGAUGAAUGUACAACUACAGCUGGCAGCUGCUUCGCUAAGCGCUAUUGAUAGAAAAUCUGUCUGCAUACUUACAAAGCAGGAAAGAGGCCCUUCAGAUGCCAAAAACAUAAAUUUAUUCCAUUUAUAAGAAGUGAUGCAGUCUAAAAAAAGAUGACUGUUUUGGUCAAAAGAUCAUUGUCAGCACAACUGAUAGCUAAACCUAACAUAAAAACUGGAAACUGAGGGAAACCAGCUAUCAAUGGUAAAAAAUUUAUAAACCUGCCUACCACCAGCUCAAAAUUAUUUAUUCCUCGAAAUUACUGGACUCCACCAAGAGCUGGAAGCCGACCCCUUGUAAAACCUCAACUUUUUGUUUGUGCAUUAAUUUUCAUGUGAAGUCUCGUUUGAAGUGUAAAAAAGUCCAAUUGUGAAUUUUAUCGCUGUUAUAUGUCAAACAAUUUCUUAGAACAUUGUAGGGACUUUCUAAAGCAAGUCUUCAGCUUUGCCUUUUAACUCUGGACAGAGCCAGCCUUGCUGUUUUGCCAUGUUGUUAGCAUUUUUUGCUAAGCUAAGCUAAUGUCUCCUGGCUCCAGCUUCAUAUUUAACAUAUGGAUCUAAGAGUGGCAUCAAUUUUCUUAUCCAAGUGCAACAAGAAAGCAAAUAAGUUAAUUUUCCAAAAUGCCCAACCAUUCUUAAGUUUUUUUACUUUAGUACUUCUUGCCCUUAUUACCUCAAAAACAAGUUUUAAGAUACUGUACGUGAGCUUGAAAUCUUUUCUAAAGCUGCAUGAGUACAAUAAUUCUGUUUAUAUUGUAUCUAUUGGGGUGCAGAUUUUGACUCUAAAAUUAUUUUUGCUUCCACUUCCAGGCCUGUCCAUUAACAUUUUAUGUACUGUAUGCUAGCUGUUUGUUUGCUACUUUACAGGCAACAUAAAAGUAUCCUAAAGCUAAAUCUGUCUUUAAUAUUCAGUUGUAGCUUGUAGCCACUGGUUGUCACUGUUUUCUCAUGUAACUGCGUGUGUGUGUGUGUGUGUUCAACAGCCACUGAAAACAACACACAUGAAAAGAACAGGCCUUCCAUCUGUUCAGCUACAAGGCAUAAUCACACCUAGAAUAUGUCUGUGUUGUUUGCAGCUGUGUUCGCUGUUGUUAAUGUUUACUUGUAAAUGCUCCUAUGCAGCAGACCCGCUCUGCAGGGACAAUCACUCCAGAUAUAACUCAGUGAAUGAUGAUGCUUGUGACAUUCAUACUCUGCUUUACGAGCUGCUGGAGCUCAGUGGCUGACAGGAGAGAAGCAUGGUGACAAAUCAAAAGUCCAAAUGUACAACAGGAAACACUGGGGGAAGCAUCAGCUCUGACUGGGUUAUUUGAAUACUCUGUGAUACAGAACACAUGCAUGGUCUCUUUCUUUCUCACACUCCAUCCUCUGCUGAACAUCAGCAUCUGAUCAUGUGAAUGCUUUGUAGAUCAGUGUUUGACUGGUCUUUUGUCUCAAUGCUGCUACCGUACCCAUGUGCUGUCCACGCUGCUGCUUCUACCUGAUGACAACAUUCCCCACGUCUCCUCUAGCUGGUGGUUUAAUAAAAAAGU